CAAGGCGGGGGACGAGGGCAGGGAGAGGUUCUGCAAACGGAAGGGGAUGAACAGGAAGAGCAAGGGCUGCGCACACAGAGGGGGAAACUGCUGGCAGUGUUGGUUUUUCUAAAUGUAUUUAUUCACCCCGUCUCCUUUCCGAUUGUGGUAAUGAUUUUUGUUAUCUGUGUAAAUGUCCCUUUAAGUUAGUUUAUUGGCGCCACGGUCAGUUCUUCCUCUACAGUAAGCGUAUUAUCAAGCUAGCGACUCUUGACUGUCUCCAGCCUGCAACUUCCCGUCACUUGAGAAGAACGAAGACGGAAAGAGCGAGCAGCUGAAAAGGAAACAGGGUCUGUCAAUAAGAAUACAGCUAAACCUACACGGAUAUCAGACGGAUAGACAAGUCUAUAUCAUUGUCUUCUUUUAGUCGACUAGGCGGAUCUGUGUUCUUCUCAUUGGUUUGCCUACCAACCUUCGUUGUUUUCCUUGUUGAGCACCCAGCUGCGGCUUGCCACACUGUCGCCGAGGCUCGAGCCAACCACUGGUGGGGGGUUUAAUGGGAGCCUUGUUUCGAUAGAACUCCCCCCCCCCCCCGCCCCCUCGACGGACCCUUGCUCGAAUCCAAUUCGGGCGCUGUCUUCCCGGGGGGUGCCCGGUUUUUGCUUAGUCUGACUGGGGAAGGAGGGCGGUCCCCCAGCCUUGACUGUCGCUCUGGCCGACCCUAGUGGACCCUAAUAUGGCAGGAAAUCUGAAGAAAGGCGGAGGACUGAUCGGGAUGAUGAAGGACGCGUUUCAGCCCCAUCACCACCUCCAUUCCAAUCACCAACCAGGGGCCGUGGACAAAAAGACGGUGGAGAAAUGCUGGAAACUAAUGGACAAGGUGGUGCGACUGUGCCAGAACCCCAAGCUGGCACUGAAGAACAGCCCACCUUACAUCCUGGACCUGCUGCCAGACACCUACCAGCACCUCCGCACCAUCCUGUCCCGCUACGAGGGCAAGAUGGAGACGCUCGGCGACAACGAGUAUUUCCGCGUCUUCAUGGAGAACCUGACCAAGAAGACCAAGCAGACCAUCAGCCUGUUCAAGGAGGGCAAGGAGCGCAUGUAUGAGGAGAACUCGCAGCCCAGACGGAACCUGACCAAGUUGUCGCUGAUCUUCAGUCACAUGCUGGCCGAGCUCAAAGCCAUCUUCCCCAACGGCCUGUUCCAGGGGGAUAACUUCCGAAUCACCAAGGCUGACGCCGCCGAGUUCUGGAGAAGAUCGUUUGGGGACAAGACGAUAGUGCCUUGGAAGGUGUUCCGGCAGGCCCUGCACGAGUUCCACUCCAUCAGCUCGGGCCUGGAAGCCAUGGCCCUCAAGUCCACCAUCGACCUCGCCUGCAACGACUACAUCUCCGUCUUCGAGUUUGACAUCUUCACCAGGCUCUUCCAGCCUUGGUCGUCUCUGCUGAGGAACUGGAACAGCCUGGCGGUGACUCACCCGGGCUACAUGGCCUUCCUCACCUACGAUGAGGUCAAGGCCCGGCUGCAGAAGUUCAUCCACAAGCCUGGCAGCUACAUCUUCAGGCUGAGCUGCACGCGGCUGGGCCAGUGGGCCAUCGGCUACGUCACUGCAGAUGGGAACAUCCUGCAGACCAUCCCCCACAACAAGCCCCUCUUCCAGGCCCUCAUCGACGGCUUCCGGGAAGGAUUCUACCUGUUCCCUGACGGGCGCUCCCAGAACCCAGACCUCACAGGACUGUGUGAGCCCUCGCCACAAGACCAUAUCAAAGUCACACAGGAGCAAUAUGAGCUCUACUGUGAGAUGGGCUCCACCUUCCAGCUGUGUAAGAUCUGUGCGGAGAACGACAAGGACGUGAAGAUCGAGCCCUGCGGUCACCUCAUGUGUACCUCCUGUCUCACCGCCUGGCAGGAGUCGGAGGGUCAGGGCUGCCCAUUCUGCCGGUGUGAGAUCAAGGGCACGGAGCCCAUCGUGGUUGACCCCUUUGACCCCAAGGACCCCAUAGGGGGCUCCUACGGGAGCUGCAGGGGUAUUUUCGGGGCGGAGGGUGCCCCGUCGCCCAGCUACGACGAUGACGACGACGACCGGCUGGAAGACCCCCACCUCAUGAUGAGCAAGCUGGCCUGUUCCAAGGUGGAGCGGCCCCCUUCGCCCAUGUCCCUGGCGCCGCAGUCCUCCCUGCCCCCCGUGCCCCCCCGCCUUGACCUCCUGCAGCACCGACCGCCCAACCCCCCAGGAGCAUCCAGCCCAGGGACCACGUCCAAGGCGUCCUCCCACCACAAGGACAAGCCUCUCCCCCUGCCCCCAGCCCUGAGGAACCUGCCGCCCCCUCCUCCACCAGACAGACCUCUCUCUGCCGGGCCCGACGGGUGGCUCGGCAGACGGCCACUACCCUGCACCCCCCUGGGGGAGCCCAAGCUUCCCCCGGCCCCGCCCAACCGCAACCUGGCCGACUGGAACCCCAGGCCGGUGCCCAAGGCCCCCGGACAGCCACCCGGUGUGGGAGACAGGCGGGGGGUCCGGGAGCUCUCCAACAGACACUCCCUCCCCCUGGCCCUACCGUCAGCCCUAGACGGAUGCACCGACGGACAGCGGAACAACAGCUCGCUCAGUUUGGACCAUCAGCUGGUGAAGGGAGCCCAGAGUUUUGGAGGCACGGCGUCUGGCAGUCAGGAGUAUGACAACCCCAAAGUGAGGCCUUCAGUCUCGGCCAAUGCCAUCUAUGCUCUGGCAACAAGACCCCAUCCAGAUCUGAUGCCUGUGGCUGGGGAGGAGAUCUACGAGAGUGACGAGGAGUCCGACUACAUGAUCCCCACCUCUCGGCCUGUCCUGGCCCCCAUGGCAGCCCCCCUUGUGGUGACAGAGACCCCAGCUCCCAAAUCCCCCCAGCCCAGCUCUCUUAACUCAUGGCCCAUGCUGAAGGACCUGGAUGAAGGACCUCAAAUGUAUGAAGCCAUGUAUAACAUCCAGGCCCAGGCCCUCACAGCCUCCCUGCUUCACCUGGCCAGAGACUCGGAUUGCUCUGAGCUGCCCCCCCUGGCCAGUACCAAUGGCCCUAUCUGGGAGAUCCCCUGCCCGGUCCGGGAGCUUCCCGAGGAGGUAGAGGAGGAGAACGGCUACGACUUCCCCAAACCAGCGUUGCCCGUGGCCCGACGCACCCUCUCCGAGCUGGGGGCAGCCACCAGCGCCGCCUUCAGCCAUCUCGUCAUGGACAGCGAGCCCGGAGCGUCUGCCUCCUUCUCCGAGUCCAGCGACGCCCCAGAGCGGCCGCCCAAGCCCCUCCCCCGACGCUUCAACUCAGAGCGCAGGCGCAGCCCCAUACCUCCUGGAUUAGGCACUGGAGGAGGAGGCGGAGGAGGGUCGGGAGAAGGAGGUGGAGGAGUAGCCAACCCCCAGAUCACCAGCGAGAUUGAGCAUCUCAUGAGCCAAGGCUACACCUACCAGGACAUCCAGAAAGCCCUGAUGAUUGCACAGAACAAUAUGGAGAUGGCCAAGAAUAUCCUGCGCGAAUUUGUCUCCAUUCCCUCCACUGCGCACAUUCUUACAUAGUACCUCUGCUCCAGCCCUGCCCAGCUCAGCCCAAAGCAAAAUCGCCUGCAGUACUAGCGCUUCAGUGCUAACUGGAGCCCCUGCAGUCUCCUGUCCGGCGCCCUCUCAAAGCUAGCUCAAUGCUAACGGUGUGUGACUCCGAGCCCUGCACUCCACGUGAUUUCUCAAGAGUGUCUGGACGCCUUUUGUAAUGUGCUGCAGGGCCACUCUCCAUAUCCCACGUGGUGAUGCUGAUGGCUCAUCGUGCAACCGAAGCUUCGGCGGGUCUUUCUCAGUCGUUUUCGCGUCCUCCCGAGGCCUCUACCGAAAUGUAAUCAACACCUCGCAAAAAAAAAACUUGUACGUGUGUCUAUAUAAGAAUUUAAUAUAUAACAAAAUAUAUAUUAAAUGUGUAUAAUGUAUACAUAUAUAUUUCCAAUGAGUUCCGCUUCGAAUGUCAUUUUUUUUCAUGUCGUUCAUGUUAAGGAUAGGUUGCAGAGGACAAAGAUAGUGGUUCUUUGAAACCGCUCUGAGGGAGAGAGCACCUUUCUAUAGUCCCCAGCCCUCACUUUGAGGAGAAAGACAGACUCGGUUUAGCAUUUAGAAGCAGGCGUUUCCUAAACAUUUGGCAACAUGUCAAAUGUGGCCUUUUAAUGAUAUUGCUUCGGUACUUUCUGGGGAAAUGAAUGUUUGUGUUGCGCCUCAAAGUAGGAUAAUGUUAGUGUUAGAGGUCUGGACUGUCAUCUCCAGCUAAGGUUGUAGCCCGGUGUGUGUUUGUGUGUGCGCUUUCAAGUGAUCUACAGCUAUGGGAAAGGUUAAACCCACAGGGGAUGUGUCUUUGUCUGGGAUGUGUCUUUGUCUGGGAUGUGCCUUUGUCUGGGUUGUGCCUUUGUCUGGGUUGUGUCUUUGUCUGGGAUGUGUGUACGGUGUGUCUGGCCAUUGACUUGGCUAGUAAGGGUAGUGACGCGUGAUGGCUGACCGAGUUCACGAUUGACAAUUUUGACUUAACCCUGGUGAAGAGCAAAGCUGUGUUAUGACUGUGUUAUUAGCUAUAUGCAUAAUUUCCUACUGUGGGUAGCAUUAUUUCCUACAUCGAAUCACCUCACCAGUGAUUUAGAUGACCAAACUGGGACUGGGAAGCCUGUGUUUAGUUUGUUCAGUGAGACGGUUUUUAGAGGCAGUCCUGGCUCUGCUGUUAAGCCACACAAAUGUGUGAUACCAACUUCGGAUGACUUGGAUGUCUAUGUUAGAGCAGUGGAGGAGGGGGGGGUUCUCUCUCUCUCUCACUCCCACUCCCAUUCUGUCAGAUCUAAUCAAUCGAAGCCAUCUGGGAGGUCCCGAUUGGCCCAUGUCCCAAUCCCUCUUCUAUUCCUGUGCAAAAUGAAUGUGGGUUAAUCGUUCUUCCUCAAAUGUAGUGUAUCUUUCUAAACAUACUUCUCUCUACCAAUCGUCUGAAUGGGAGGGGCAAAGUGUACUGAAAUCUAAUGGUGGGCAAAAAAGUAUUGACGGAUUCUAUUAAAGGCCCAGUACCGGGCCAAGAUUUUAUGAUGGGUUAAACACAGCUCAGAUAAUGAGAAGAGCUUCGUCCGAGAUGUACACCGAAGCUGUUCAGCGUUGUGAGAGAAAAAAAAAUAUGUAAUCGAUUUACUUUAAUAAUAUAUUAUUAUUAUGAUCAUUAUUGUUAUUAUUAAUUCAGAAGUGCUUUACUGCUGCUACUAUUGUUAUUGCUAUACUAUUAAGCCUUAAAUGUACAUUUGUGAAUAUUGUUGUUUAACCUCCUCUUUUUUUUAAAGUGACAGUAUCUAAUUUGUGUUCUUUAUUUGGUGAUGUAGCAUACUUGAAAAUGCAAGCAGCUUGGGUUGUGCAAUUCAAGCUGAAUUCAGUUGUUUUCUUAUCUUUAGUGUUGGACUGGAUAGCCUUUAGGGGAAUUAUGAUGACAUCAUAAAUCGCACCGUCAGCAUAUUGACGUAAGUGGUAGCACCGGCAAAACGAACGAUGUGAUUGGUGAAAAGGAACAGUGCCAUAACUCAGUCAGACGUCUGUAUUGUAAAUGCCUCUACUUUAAAGGGGAGUACAUCUAAUCUAGAUGAAAUUGGGUGUUGUGCAAGCUUUGUUAUUAAGGAUCGUCUCAAUUGCACAGCUGCAAAAAGCCCAGUAGCUUAGUGAACAAGGACUUGUUGAGACGCACACCCAAAAUGUUGACGGGUCGCACCCCCCCCCCCCCCCCCCCCCCCCAAAGGGGAAAGAAAGUUUCACGUUCUAUAUAACUCUUAUUUAUUUUUGUAAACCUUUCCGGUUUGACAGGGUUUUAAAGAGUUUUAUUUUUCCUAUAGAGAUAUUACAACCAUUGUUUGGGUCGGGUCAACGCAACAGCAGGGUUUGUGGACCAGUUGGGAAUGUGGACAUUUUGUUCUCUGUUUUCACGGAGAGGUUUCCCAGGUUUCCUCAAAAUCCCGGUUGGAGAAUUCCCAAGUUUUAGGAUUUCCCUCCCUGUUAUUACUUCCUGAUUUCAGGAAAACCUGGGAAUUGUGGGAACAUUUCUGGAAUUUUGCAAUCCGAUCUGUAACUCAGGAAUACCAUAUGUACACUAACCAGACAAGUGACUUUUCACAUGGACUGUUCCGACUAGUCUUGACUCAAUGAGUUGACAACACAUUGUUAAACUAACGAAUGCACUCAUCGAAGGUGCACCAUGUUCCUGUAUGACUACAUGAUAGGUCUUCAUUCACUUUGAGUGUUCCGAUUCAGUGGUUAUAGGGCCUUCAGAGUUUGAACGCAAUCCACAAACCUCUAUUUUUAGGGAGGCUAUACCGAUGAAUAUGCGAAUGUCCACACGUAUUGAAUUGACAAAUGUAGUCUAUAACUAAUUGUCAUCAUAACUUGCACAUCAUCUUGUGCUGACUUCUCUUACAUUGUUGGUUAAUAUGUAAAAAUUGCACUGGCUCAAAUUCCCAUAUUUUUAUCUCAAGACAGGUACUAUUGAGGUACAUUGACUUCACCCCUAAAGGUGGAGAGGCUCUGAUUCUACAGCCGCAAUGGGCUGUAGAAUCAUCGUAUAGGCUAGCUUAUCAACUGUAUCUCAGUCUCCAGACUGGAAGAGGUUUGUGGUGUCCUUUAUUUUUCUUCUGUUCCUAGUUGCCUUGAGCGAAACAUUGAUGUAACUUUUGAGUGCACCAUGUUCAAUCGGGAUUGUGAGGUUUCGCCUCCCGAGUGACAACAGUCUAAGGCACUGCGUUGCAGUGUUGCGGCGUCACUACAGCCUGGGGUUUGAUCCCAGGCUGUGUCAUUACCGAGUCCCAUAGGGUGGUGCACAAUUGGCCCAGCGCCAUCCGGGUUAGGGAAGGGGUUUGGCCGGUGGGGCUAUACUUGGCUCAUCGCGCUCUAGUGACUCCUUGUGGUGGGCUGGGCGCCUGCAGGCUGACGACGAUCGCCAGUUGAACGGUGUUUCCUCCGACACAUUGGUGCAACUGGCUUCUGAGUUAAGCGAGCGGGUGUUAAUAAGAAGCGUGGUUUGGAGCGCCGUGUUUCGGAUGACGCAUGACUCGACCUUCGCCUCUCCAAGCUCGUUGAGGAGUUGCAGCGAUGAGACAAGAUCUUAAUCACAAAAUUGGGGAGAAAAAGAGGGGUAAAAUUGCAAAAAUAAAUAAAGGAUUUGUGAGGUUUCAGAACGGAAUCGCUUUUCCUUUAAUAUGAAUUACUGUACUGAUUCUUGUCUAUGUAUAAACAUGUACAGUGCAUUCGGAAAGUAUUCAAACCCCUUGACUUUUCCACUUUUUUUUACUGCUUUAUUCUAAAAUAGUUUAAAUAGUUUUAUCCCCUCAUCAAUCUAUACGCAAUACCCCAUAAUGACAAAGUAAAACCUGGUUUUUAUACAUUUUUGCAAAUGUAUAAAAAACAUUACAUUUACAUAAGUAUUCAGACCCUUUACUCAAUACUUUGUUGAAGCACCUUUGGCAGCGAUUACAGCCUCGUGUCUUCUUUGGUAUGAAGCUACAAGCUUUGCAAACCUGUAUUUGGGGAGUUUCUCAUAUUUUUCUCUGCAGACCUUUUCAAGCUCUGUCAGGUUGGAUGGGGAGCGUCGCUGCACAGCUAUUUUCAGUUCUCUCCAGAGAUGUUCUUGUCUGGGCUCAGGCUGUGCAAAUCAAGGACAUUCAGAGACUUGUCCCGAAGCCACUCCUACGUUGUCUUGGCUGUGUACUUAAGGUCAUUGUCUGGUUGGAAGAUGAACCUUGGCCCCAGUCUGAGGUCCUGGGCGCUCUGGAUUAGGUUUUCAUCAAGGAUCUCACUGUACAUUCCUCCGUUUAUCUUUCCCUCAAUCCCGACUAGUCUCCCAGUCCCUGCCACUGAAAGACAUCACCACAGCAUGAUGCUGCCUCCACCAUGCCUCACCGCAGGGAUGGUGCCAUGUUUCCUCCAGACGUGACGCUUGGGAUUCAGGCCAAAGAGUUCAAUAUUGGUUUCAUCAGAACAGAGAAUCUUAUUUCUAAUGGUCUGAGAGUCCUUUAGGUGCCUUUUGGCAACUCCAUGCCGGCUGUCAUGUGCAUUUUGGCUUCCGUCUGGCCACUCUACCAUCAAUUCCUGAUUGGUGGAGUGCUGCAGAGAUGGUUGUCCUUCUGGAUGGUUCUCCCAUCUCCACAGAGGAACUCUAGAGCUCUGUCAGCGUAACCAUCAGAUUCUUGGUCACCUCCCUGACCAAGGCCCUUCUCCCCCGGUUGCUCAGUUUGGCUGGGUGGCCAACUCUAGGAAGAGUCUUGGUGGUUCCAAACUUCUUUCAUUUAAGAAUGAUGGAGGCCACUGUGUUCUUCGGGAUCUUCAAUGCUGCAGACAUUUUUUGGUACCCUUCCCCAGAUCUGUGCCUUAACACAAUCCUGUCUCGGAGCUCUACGGACAAUUAAUUUGACCUCAUGGCUUGGUUUUUGCUCUGACAUGCACUGUAAACUGUGGGACCUUAAAUAUAGACACGUGUGUGUGUGUGUGUGUGUGUGUGCGCGACUUUCCAAAUCAUGUCCAAUCAAUUGAAUUUACCACAGGUUGACUCUAAUCAAGUUGUAGAAACAUCUCAAGGAUGAUCAAUGGAAACAGGAUGCGCAUGAGCUCAAUUUCGAGACUCAUAGCAGAGGGUCUGAGUACUUAUCUAAAUAAGGUAUUUCUGUUUUUUAUUUUUAGUACAAUUUAUGUUAUUAAUUUUAAAAUAAGGCUGUAAUGUAACAAUGUGGGAAAAGUCAAGGGAAUACUUUCAGAAUACUUUCCGUAUGUGCCUUCAGAAAGUAUUUAUACCCUUAGACUUAUUCCACUUUUUUUUUUGCAGAAAUCUCAUUUACAUAAGUAUUCACACCCCUGAGUCAAUAUAUGUAUGAAUCACCUUUGGCAGGGAUUACAGCUGUGAGUCUUUCUGGGUAAGUCUCUAAGAGCGUUGCACUCCUGGAUUGUACAAUAUUUGCACAUUCUUUAAAAAAAACUAUUCUUCAAGCUCUAUCAAAUUGGUUGUUGAUCAUUGCUAGACAACCAAUUCCCACUCUUGCCAUAGAUUUUCAAGCCGAUUUAAGUCAAAACUAACUCAGCCACUUGUGAACAUUCACUGUCUUCUUGGUAAGCAACUUCAGUGUAGACUUGGCCUUGUCCUGCUGAAAGGUGAAUUCAUCUCAUAUUGUCUGGUGGAAAGCAGACGGAACCAGGUUUUCCUGUUUUGCCUGUGGUUAGCUCCAUUCCGUUUUUAUUUAUUUUUUAUCCUGGAAAGCUCCCCAGUCCUUAACGAUUACAAGCAUACCCAUAACAUGAUCCAGCCACCACUAUGCUGAAAAUAUUGGUGCUCUGUUGUAUUGGUUUGCUCCAAAUAUAACCCUUUGUAUUCAGGAUAAAAAGUGAAUUUCUUUGCCACAUAUUUUGGGGUAUUACAACAGGAUGCAUGUUUUGAAAUAUUUUUUAUUCUGCACAGGCGUCCUUUUCAUUCUGUCAAUGAGGUUAGUAUUGUGGAGUAACAACAAUGUUGUUGAUCUUUCCUCAGUUUUCUCCUAUCACAACCGUUAAACUCUGGAACUGUUUUAAAGUCACCAUUGGUCUCAUGUUGAAAUUCCUGGGCAUUUUCCUUCCUCUCCAGAAACUGAGUUAGGAGGACGCCUGUUUCUUUGUAAUGACUGGGUGUAUUGAUACACCAUCCAAAGUGUAAUUAAUAACUUCACCAUGCUCAAAGGGAUAUUCAAUGUCUGCUUUUUAUACCACUAGGUGCCCUUAUUUGCAAGGCAUUGGAAAACUUCCCUGGUCCUUGUGGUUGAAUCUGUGUUUGAAAUUCACUGCUCAACUGAGGGACCUUACAGAUAAUUGUAUGUGUGGGGGUACAGAGAUGAGGUAGUUAUUCAGAAAUCAUGUUAAACACUGUUAUUGCACACAGAAUCAGUCCAUGCAACUUAUGUGACUUGUUAAGUACAUUUUUACUUCUUUAGGCUUGCCGUAACAAAGGGGUUGAAUACUUAUUGACUCAAGACAUUUUCAGCUUCUCAUUUUUAAUGAAUUUUUAAUCAUUUAGAAAACUAUUUUCCACUUUGACCUUAUGGGCUAUUGUGUGUAGGUCCGUGACAUAACAUCUCACUUGUAUCCAGUUUAACUUCAAGCUGUAGCACAACAACAAAAUGUGGAAAAAGUCGAGGGGUGUGAAUACUUUCCGAAGGCACUGUAAGUGUAUACUGACUUUUUUUUCUACAUACUAUACCAAUUUGUGCUACGAUACUGUCACUUUAAAAACGAAUUGUAUAGUUACUGAUUUAAAAUAUGUGAAAAUUGCUGUUUCAUUUCAUUUUGCAUUCCUGUACGUGUCAGAUUUUAUAUCCCCCCCCCCCCCCCCCCAAAGGUUUUUGUUUACUUAUGUGGAUAAUUUUGUGCGCAGUGCCAUAUGUUUAGAAGUGUCUAAUGUUCUCCUGAUGACUAGAAUAAGGCAUUGUCUGACGAGCGAACAUGGUUUCAGCCCGUUGGUCUAACAAUCUAAGAUAGUCCAGUAUUGGUUCUUACCUAUACGCCUUCUCUGCCUUAUGGGACGACGUCACCACAUUACACAUCAAACUCCUCUCCCCAAUUGGAAUUGAUCCAUUUUUUAUCAGAAGAGGGAGCUGUCUGUCCUCGAUGCCAUUUUUCUCUUCAACAGUCGAGGCGUUUCUUUAACUUUUUGAUGGUUUUUAACGCUCAUCACUUUGGAAGUCUGCACAGUGCUAUACUGUUUAUUAAAAGAGUAGGUAAAGACGUCAUGUCUCAGUUUAACGGUACUUAUCCAUAGCUGAACACAGUCCUUGAGCAAUCUCUCUCUACUCUGGUUCACACGUGUCGCAACACCUGUGUUGCGGAGAAAUGCAUUUUCUUCAGUUAUACAGUUUUUAAGCCAUGUUUUAUACAUAACAUGUUAUUGGCUGCUGAUUGUGCCCCAGGCUUGCUGGCUUGGGCUUUUGGAGGAAACUUGGCCAGUCCCAAAUCAAACCCUAGCCCCCUAUGUACAUUUUAGGAGUAGUGUGGUAAUUGCUCCCUCUUACCUUCUGAUAGGAAAAGAGGCAUUUUCUGCAUAUUGUAUUUACCGAAUUCCCUCAAUCCUCCCUAAGUGCAUAGGGGCUAUGGGUCGGUUUGGGAUUGGGCAAGUGUCCGCCUCUCUCUCGCUGCCUUACUGCUUCAGCUUUUCUCACUACCAAGGUCUAAACUGCCAUCAGUGCUCCGACGUCCGCUUUGGUUUAAAACAUCUGUCUCUCCAUGUAUGUGGAUGGUCCGAUAAUGUGGACCUUUCAGAGUCCAUUGUUUUUUUGUUAUGCAUUUUCCAUUUAUAAACGUAUUUAUUAAUUUACCGCUGUACUCCUCCCCUAAAACGUCACGAAAUCCUGUUUUUCUUUUCUGGAAUUUGAAGCAUUUUUCUUUUCUUAAAAAAAAAUUAAAUAUGCAUUGUUACGCUGCAUUUAUUUAGUCCAUAAUCAUUUAUCUUUAUCAUAAUCGAUAUUUCCACUGUAUCCAUUAUCAUAGACAUCCCUCAAUUUGAUGCAAUCGUGUCUUGUCACUUGAAUCACAAAGAAAGGACAGAGAGAACCUGUUGGGCAAUUCCCCGAUUCUCCGCCCUUCUCCCGAGUCCCGAGCCAUGCAGUCAUGGAUUUAACAAUAUUGGAAACUACCUCAAACGCUUACACUGACUACUUUUAAGUCCACGAAUGGGGAGGGUGCACUGUGCAAAUGCACACUUUGGGAGAAGGGUGGAAAUCGGAACGCAAACCUUGGACUUUAGGUUCGACGGUGAACUUGAACAUGUUUUAAUUGUCAACAUUGGUGUGCGCUUAUCCUCCAUUUCAUCUUCCAGUGAUAAGCGGACAAUCUGCCAGUCGACCUACAACAGUCAUCCCUGCGUGAACACACCUUGGUAAGAAUUUGUUAGCACCGUUGUAGUGUUCUUAAGAAAGGUCUAAGAUCCGUUCUGCAUAUUGGCCCGGUACACCCAUUUCUUGUUGCCCUCAUCUUGGUAUCGAUUAAAAAUAGAAUAAAACUCGCAAAUCCAUUA